GACAAGACAGAAUAAGCUCUGCGUGGAGCCUCUGCAGGACCGUAGAUCAAGCUUUAAGGCUUGGUCAUUUGAAAUAUCAGAGCGCACAGCUUCAGUUCCUUCUUUCCAUUUCAUUCACUCAGAACUAACAAUGGCUGCUGCUGAACUGCAGAGACGAGAAGAAUUCCUGGUAGAGGGAGACCCUUUCAGACAGAAUGCUUUCCUGAUUAUCAAUGAAAUGGUGUUGAUGAGUACAAGACCUACUACGGUGUUAGUGGAUGAGAUUCUUCACAGCAUCUUCUUUUUGGGAAAGAUCAACACACCGCCAUUUUCCCCAGAAAUGAUUCUGAGUGAUGCUGAAGUGCUAAAUACAUUUAAGAAACAAUACCCUCGGCCUUUUGCCCUCUGUUCCUCUGAGGUACCCAGGCGGAGUCCAUUUUCAUGUGUGCUCGACAUGGUUGUCCACGUGAAGGGACAAGUCAAUGAAGGAACAAUCAGACAGCAGCUGCAACAGCUCGUCGGUAGACUGAGGGGGGAUGUUAACAAAAAGCCUCUGGUCUCCAAAACCAUCUGUGUCUCUCAGAGUAGAAGCCCAGAUUCAGUCAGGUUCUACGGAGUCUCCAUGUCCACUGAUGCUGCUGUACGCAAGAAAGUCCUGAUUGGUGCUUCCUGUCUCAGCAAGUGGGAGAGAUAUGUAGCUGACGCAGUGAUGACCUACUAUCCAGAGCCAAAUACUAGGCCAUUUGUCAAAAAGACAUAUUUUGAUGGAACCAUUAGAGUUCCAGAGCAGCAUGUCCGGUGCGAAACGUUUGAUCUCUAUAACGGAGAAGUUAAGCCUCCUUGUAAAUCAUGUCAUGAGUUGUUCGGUUUGACAACAGAGGCAACAGGGGUAUUCCCCCAUGGCAACUGUGCCGAAGCUGAAAGUCUGAGCAACUUGUUUCAAGGUGAUAGAGCAGUUAGAGAUCAAGUACCACCACCAACUGGUGGUAACAGAGAGAGGGCUAUGACAAGCAUCCAUGAUGCUCUCAGACGUUUUGUGCAUGCCUUUGAGGGAUUUAGACAAUGGACAGAUCGUUUCUACACCCCACAGUAAGUCAGAUCUUAAAAAGAAGAAAGACUGAAUCAGGGCCGGGACGAUGUGCUUUAGUCCUGAUUUGGAUUCUUUCCUGAUACACGAGUGCGAUUUUCAUUUAUUGUUAUGCGAUAGGAGUAUUGGGAUUUUCUUUUCCUUCUUUAACAAAAACCAAAAUUUAAUAAAACAUUUCUAGAAACGAUAUAUCAUGAGACAUUUCUAAAAACUAACAUGUUUUCUAAGAAGAAUGACAUCACAUGUCAGUCAGUCUGAUGUUGAUUUACUUUGUAAAGAAGAACAGAACAUGGAUCUUCUGCUUUUUCUGCUUUCGUUUUUCCCACCCCUAGAUUAAAUAUCAACUAUUGAUGAGUACACUUCAUAUGGUCAUUUAUUACACAGUGAAGAUGAUUCUUUAUCAAAAAGCAGAGAUCAGUGUAGAACUUGUUACUGAACGUGGAGGUCAUGUUCUUCUCUUUGAUUCUGGCUGUUCUGAGUUUUAUCUUCAUGGUUGAAGUCUUAUUGGGAGUCUCUUCACAUCAAAUCAAAUCAAAUGCGUCAACUGUUUGAGUAAAGCAUGCAGAAGAUGGAAAUGAUAAAUGUAUCAUGUUGUUUGCAAUAAAAUGAUGUUGAUGAAAA